AUGUCUGAAGAUGACAGUGCUGAUGGACAUGAGUUAAAAAUUGCUCUUCCGGAACGUAUUCCUUCUGGCUCACAAAUUUCCCUCGGCUGUUUCAGUCAUGAACCGAUUGCUUUCAAAGUUAAAACAGAUGACUGUAAUACCAUUUGUGAUAGUGGUAGAGAAAGACUGAGCUCACCGUCUAACUUCAAUGACGAAAAUCCUCUGGAAAGUUUUUCCAAAUUACCUAGUGCCAUGCCAACUUGUCCAAUACCUGAUACAACAAAGGGCUUCAUGCAAUGCGAGCGAAAUAGAAAUUCAUCAAAGUUGAUUGAAUCAGAAGUUUCCGAAAGCUCUCCCGAGACGUUGGCACAAAACUCCCUCUCAUCUUUCAAUGCUUGCCAACCGGGGCAUGUUGAAAUUAAAUCUGAAAGAUCACUUGUUGAACAACAGUCGUCCACUUUGCCUCCUUGCCCCUCAAGUCUGGAAAACUUUAUGAUGGAAACUGAGUCCAAAUUCCUGCUGCCUAAAGUUAUUGAAAAAUCUCAUUCUCACCCAAAUGCAUAUGCAGAAGGAGGCAGAAGUGCACCUGUCAUUGCCCAAACCGAGGAAAAGAAGCAGACAGCGAAUCGGUUUCCAUUCCAGCCGUUUGUACCCCAGAAAGACAAGAAAGAUAAUCCAGAUUUAGGAAAACCUUUUUCUGAAAAUGUAGUCGGUGGCCAUCCAAGACCUCCAAUGAUCGAAACAGCUCCAGAAGAGGGCCCCUUAAAUGGCAGCCCGGCUGCAUCCGGAACUUCUGAAAGUGCUUCUGUUGUAGACAAAGUCGCUGGUGACAGAGCCUUGUCUUCCGAAAUCCUGGGUGUCACGGCAAAGACGGAUGUUGUAAUGGCAGCCGAGUGCAGUGCUAUUGAAACACAGGGAGCCUUGUGUAAUAAUCUGUUGAAGAAUCAUGUAAACAAUGAAUCUACAAAGCCUCUUGGAAAGAAAAGGAUUAAGAAGACUAAGAAGAAUCAGGGAAAAAACAAGAAUCAAAAUGCUCCAAAGAAAUCAUCUUGUCCAAUUCAAGAAAACCCAUGGAUCGAUAAUCAAAAAACGUAUCAGCAAAAUUCUGUUCAUGAUGUUGAAUUAGUUUCUUCUACUCAAGAAACAAAGCCAUAUUCCUCUGGAGAAUUGGUUUCUCGGGACAACGUUGCCAAUAGAACUUCAACCACUUCUGAAGAUGGUGUGGAGACUGAGCAGCCUUUAGAGGUCCAGCCCAGUCCCACGAGUCAUUUACCCAGGGCCAUUAUGGAUCCUCGCAUGGCUCGUUUGAAACGUAAAAGAUUUGAUUGCUGUGAAACCAUGCACAAGAGAAUUCCCAAAUAG